CUGUAACUCGUACUGUAAUUCAGCACAUUUUUGUAUGGGAUUAAACUAAAGCGUUGGUUUAAACCGUAGCCUAAGAAAACAAAAUGGAGGUCAGCUAUGACUAUGUUUACCUGUUGGUUGGUAAAACUGGCUAUGGUAAAAGCUCAACUGGGAAUUCUAUUCUGGGAAUGAAGAAAUUCGUUAGUGACGACAGCGGGGAAUCUGUGACCUCAAGCGUGGACGUUGAGACUUGUGUCCGUCACAGGUACCGAGUUUGUGUCGUCGACACUCCGGGUGUGAUGGACACAGUGACGGACAGUGUCGGGGCGCUGGGUAAAUCGUGUGAUGAAAUGAGAUCAGCCAUGAGCGUCUGCCCGACACACGGCAACAUGGCCAUUGUUUUGGUGCUCAAAUAUGGGGAAAGGUUCACACAAGAAAAUAAAAAAGCGGUCGAUGUUCUCAAAAAUAUAUUUGGUGAAGAAAAUUUAGCAAAGUCAUGCCUUAUCCUAAUGACACAUGGAGAACUGUUUGAGAUGUCACAUAAUGACAUGUCAUUUGACGAAUGGUGCAGGAAACAGACAGGGGAACUCAGUGCCUUAUUUCGGCUCCUGACGUUCAAAUGUGUUCUCUUCCAUAACAGCACUCAGGACCAGGAACAAAAAGAAAAACAAUUCCAGCAGCUACUGCGGUUUACGGAUGAGCUUGAUCAGAGUUAUACCGCAGCCAAAUUCCAAGAACUCAAGAAGAAGCAAAACCGCUUGAUGUUGGUUAGUAAACUACCGGGCUUGAAGAAAGAGCUGUCUCUAAACAUAGCUUGCCUGUCUGCAAAAGUAGACCGGGUACAGGCAGACGUAAGCCAACAAGAGUCUGUGAACGUGGAGAACGUGAGUCAUAGAUUAGACGUGUGCAGUCGCCAGCUGGCAGAUCUGCUGCAGACGAUACUCAGGGAAGAUAACCCUGAGAUUAUAUUCUAUGACGUAGGAGAGCGCCAACUCUUGCAUGACGUCAGAGAUCAGACUGACAGCCUAGCAGAAAGAAUAGCCACCUCCCAGAAGGAUCUUGUGCUCAUACAACAAGCCUUGACAUGGCGGGGAAAAAUGGCGCUCCUCCAGUUGGAAAUUGAAAGCACCUUUUGUCUAAAUGAUUGCCGUGUACUGAGGGCGACAUGGGAUCAAAUGUCGAGCAAUAUUGAACAAAUAAAAAACAAUAAGUUUGUUUAUUCUGAGGCAACUACCAAGCUGAAGCAAAUGAAAGAAAACUUACUGAUUUUAGAAGGGCAUUUGGAAUGUCGAGAUUACAGGGAGAAAAUUGAGAGGAAAAUAAAAGAAUUAGAGGACAAAGUUAGGGCUUUAAAGUUGCCUACGCUUGUCUCAAUAUAUUCAUCAUUAACUGAAACGGCCAAUCAAAUUGAAGCGGAAAUACGAAAUUACCAAUUCCCAAGACAGUUGGAUGAUCUAUCUCGGCGACUAAAAGACUUGAAAGUGACAAUUGGCUACCGUAAGGUAGACAACGAUAUGACCAUAGGAUGGAGAGUGACAUCAACGACUUUGUCUGUAGCGUCUAUUGGUGUGGCACUAGUACCUGUAGUUGGAGUCCCGCUAAGUAUUGGUCUAAACGUGCUGCCUCUCAUUGGCCAAGCAAUUCACAGAAGCGUUGUACGGCGCCAAAGACAAUGAAUGAGAUGAAUAUGGAUGAGCUGAACUCAUUCAUAAAACAAGUGGGAGAUAAAGCUGAUAAAGUAGUUAUGUCCUGGGAGGGUAGUCAUCAGAACAAUAUAGAUUUACAUGGUGAAGAAAGGUGUAUGAAU